UAGCUAAAAAAUGACGUCAUGGCGCCUGAGGGCACACAGACAUGCCCGGAGGGCAGAAAUUGAAUUGCUUUGUUCUAAGAAAUGAUAAAAGAUAGAAAAUUUUGUAGACAUAUUCGAAAUCAGAAAAAUCAACUUUAUAUGUGGGAAUAUCUAACACCAACCCAGGAGCGGACUUAUCACGUUCCAUAACCGCAGCCGAGCCCCCGCUGACCUUGGACGGGAUUGGCCGGACGGCAUAGAAUCUUCGUCGUCCGAGAGACAUCGAACGCGGGGUCAUUACCACUGAUGCCAACAUGGACCUGGACGUGGCCGAUGCCUCGAUCAGCAGCCUGCUCCGCCGCGCGGGUACGACGGCCUCACCUGCGAGCGGUCCGCCGUCGGAGGACCGGCGGCAGCGGCGGCCCGACCGGCGUCGCGACACGCUGGUGGUGCGCAACGCGCUGUUGCGCCGCGCCGCCGCCGGACGCCGCCGCUCGCCGGCCAAAAACGACAUGGAGCAGUUCGUGCGCGACCAGGAGCUGGCGUUCGACGCAUCCACCAGCUCCGUCGACCUGAAUAUGAGUGGCUCGCCGACGACGCGCGCGCGCUCGUUCCUGGCACACCAGCGCCGCUCGCUGUCUGGUGACGAGCUGGCCGCCCUGCUGCGUGACCUGCGCUCCGGCGAGCGCCGCGUGUCGGUGGGCGUACCGCAGCGCCAGCUAGCCGCGCUCGGCGAUGACGGGAUGCAGGCACUGCUGGGGCUGGUGGACGACGGCCUGGAGGAGUUCGAGGGCACCAUGACGGCCUCGAUGGAGGAGGAGGAAGAGACGCCGACACCCACUCCGUCGCCGGGGCCGGCCGCCGAUGAGCCGGAUCGCCAGCCAUCCGUCGGCGACGAGGGCAGCACGGCCGGGGAAACGGCCGCCGACCGUGCGGAAGAAGUGUACGAUGAAGGCGCUGGCGUGGAGGUCGGAUCAGAUGACGAGCAGCCUGAGCAGGCGGCCGGUACGGCAGGCGGGAGAGACACAGAGCUGCCCACGGGUAUGGAGAUUGAUGGAGAGGAUGAACCACCCCCUGCUACAGAGGAUAUUGAGAGUGAUGCGACAGUUGUAAGGGAGCCUACAAGCAGUAGCAUCAACAGAAGCCGACGGCGGCGUUCCAGUGGCCAUGUAGAAGCGUCCAGCGCCAGUGUAAACAGAUCUUUAGCACUGACACCUCGCGCUCCGAUUCACCGUACGCCUUCCCCCGGGGCCGCGGGGGAGCAGUCGGGAGCUGGUGGCGGAACAACCCCGUCGUCCAGAAGGCGGAGCAGAUUGUCUCGGUUCCGAUUCUUCGCUGGGUCACCAAUUAGAGACACUGGAGAAUCUCUCCACGAGACGCCAUCGACAGUACAGCCACCUACCGCCACGACUGGCAGUGCAGCGAGCACGCCGGCAAAGCGCACGCCGGCGAAGCGGACGCCAGCAAAGAGCACGCCUACCUCGAAUGCACCGCUGCGAAGUGCCACUCCGCGGAGGACCUCCCUCAGCCGCUCACCCGGCUCUGUGCCUCGGAGCGGCGGUCCCGCCGCGUCCGUGGACCGGCCGGACCGGUCGCCCUCGAUCGUCCUGCGACGUCGCAGCCGACUUUCCGGGACCUUUAGGACCCAGGCCGCUUCGUCUGCCGAGUCCCCGGCCGAGGAUACUCAAGCAGCCGGAGAUAAGGCCCAAAGCAACGACGAACAUAGCGACGAACAGAGCCCGGCCUUAGCCACGCCGGUGGCGCCGCUGCGAAAACCUGCUGCGUCGUCGAGCUCCAGCGGGCGUCGCCGCUCGGCGCCGGUCACACAAGCCACGAAAGUCACGCCGAGUGGGGGCUCCGCGCGUAAAAAGGCCGUCUCGGCGUUCGAAAGGUUCUUCACUGGUGACAGGCAGAGGCAAACAUCGACACCGAUGUCUGAGCCGCCGCGGCGCACGGCUGGUAGCGCCCGCUUCAGCGCCCACUCCCGAUCGCUUUUCGUGGCCGCUAAGAGUCCGCGCCGCCUGUCGCUGGCUGCUGAUGAGGAAGAAAAGCAGCCAGAAAAGCGACCGUUCACCAGCGGUCUAAUCGACGAUCCCGACGAGCACUCGGACGCUUCGGGCGAGUUUCAAGUGGAGCCGGCCGCUGCCGCCGGUGGCGAGUUCCCCUUGGAGCCGGCCGCUGCCGCCGGCGGCGAGUUCCAGUUGGACCCGGCCGCUGCCGCCGGCGGCUCGCCGCAGCUCCGUUCGCCCGGCAGCGGCCGGAUCUCGCGGAUGUCGGUUGGCUCGCGGGCCGCCGGCACGCCAUUCGUCCCCAGCGCCGAGAGCACCCGGCUCUCGAUGCGGCCGACCGGCGCGCUGGCAUCAUCGGGGCCCUCUGCAAGAGAAGCGAGUGCUGGUGAAACGCCCUCCGCGGCUGAAGCACCAUCGCGGUCUCCGGCGGCGGACCGCAGUGCCGCCCCGGCCGGCUCACCCGCUCGUAGUCGCUCACUGAGGACAUCGCUCGCUGGCGGCACGACCCCGAUACAGGCGCAGCCGGCGGCCGCUGCCGCGGGCUCAUCAUCGUCACGGCCGAAAACCAAACCGGAUCCCAGGCGGCCUGCGCCUGGCAGCAAGCUGAGCGCAAAGGAAGCGUUUGCAAGACUGUUUCCCAGUUUUGAGACCGAUCAAAAGUCCCGUCGCGAAGAGGCCGCGGCAAAGCGGCGCCACAGGUCGAGCAGUGGCCCACAGCGCAAGCGGAAUUCGCUGUUCGGUUCGCAUGGCACUCGCCGCUGGUUCAAGCGCAACGCCGUGGGCCUGCGCGUGACACAUGAGGCGCUCAACGAGGUGGACGUGGCGAUGGCCAAGUACGAGCGCAUGGUGAUGCGCUGGCUGCGCGAGGUGACGGGCCCGGACCGGGCGCCGACCACCAGCGACAUUCUGGCUGUGCUGCGGCGCAGCGGGACGGCCACCACGGAGCCGCGGCUACGCCAGCUCAUCCGGAUGCAUAUGCCGCUGGAGCAGCAGCAGGAGCUCAUCAGAGUGAGCGAGUACGGAGGGCGGCUCCACCCGACCGACAACCCGCUGGAGGAGGAAUGAAAGUGAAAACGGCACCUAGGCAAACGCAGUGGUCAGCCGCGAGUAAAACCCGCAGCAGAGCUGUGGUUGGCGGCCUAAUGACUAUAGCUCAUUGUUCUCUUGUUCUCGGGAGUUUUCAGCACUGACGCCUAGUGCCCUGUUGCGGUUUCGGUUGUUGUGUGCGAAUGUAUCGGCAUGGAAGCAUUGAUUUGUAUUUUUACAUAAUUUUCUCAUAAUAAAUAGCGCGAAUGUU